CCCGUGUCCUAUCAGUUUGGGGCAACAGACAAAGCUCUCUCUCGGCCAGCAUGAGAACAUGCGCUGACUCACCUCUCAUCUAUCCCGCCACGAGCCACCCUGCUUUCGGCGGGAUUCGAUCUUGCCUGUCCUUGAGUCGCCGGAGAUCAGAAUGAAUCACCUCAGAAUUCUACGUGAUAUGCUGUAUAUGGAGCGCUUCAAUUGCCUCACCGCGGGAAGCGCCCAGCCCGAGCGUGGCCUUGCCCUGCUCUUGGGCUAGCCACAUACUAUAGCCUGCGCGCCACCCCGGCCACUCAAGGCGUCUGUGGGCGAAUCUGCCCCUCCCGCGCUUACAACAGCCUACGGCCCUGACAGGCUGACACCCAUCGUGCCCGGCUCACCAUUAUUACCUGUGAAUUAUGCACGCCUGUACAGUCACCAGUUUCCCGAGUAUAAGAGCGAGGCCUUUCAUGCGUCAUUCAUCAUUCGGCGUAUUCGGCCAUCCCAACUUUAAUUUCUUUCGUGACUCUUUUUUGCUCCUUCAAACAUGGGUCCUCCACAACCUCAGCUCACUCUCUACAACAACGAGUCAAGCAUCUACGGCCGAAGGGUCACCAUGGCCCUGGCAGAAACAAACCUGCGCCACAAGACAUUCUCGAUCCCGUUCACAGGCUCCAAACCGGACUGGUUCCUCUCCUCGAUCAACCCGAAGGGCACGCUCCCAGCGCUCACAUACGGCGGCCCGCCCACCGCACCCGACAGCCCCGCGCCCGAGUCCGCCAAGAUCGCCGAAUCACACAUCAUCCUCGAGUUCCUCGCGGACCUCUGCCCCGACGCGCGGCUCAUGCCCCCGCCCGGCGCCGCGGUGCAGCGCGCGCGCGUGCGCGCGUUCGCGGACACGGUCGAUACGCUGUUCGCGCCUGCGUGCAGGGGCUGGAUCGUGGAGGGCCAGAGCUAUGUGACGGUGCUGAAUGGGGCGCGGGCGGUGCAGCGGUUGUUGCCGCCUUUGCCCCUGUCGAGCUCGACGUCGACGUCGAUGUCAAAUCUGAAGCUAACGUCAACGUCCAACACGAACGGAAACACGAACGGAAACACCCCCGACCCCACCACCGCCGCCGCCGACCAAGGCCCAUACGCGAUCGGCGCGCAAUUCACGAUCGCCGACCUGUCCGUCGCGCCCUUCCUCGCGUGCAUCGAGGUCGCGAGCGAGCGCGGGAUCGGCAACUACGCGCCGGAGGAGGCGCGCGCGCUCGCAGCCGCGAUGAACGCGCCCGAGUUCGCGCGGCUCAAGGCGUACGCGCGGUGUCUCGCGCGGAGGGCGAGCUAUCAGGCUGCUAUUGAUAAGGCGGCGGGUGAAGCGGUGGAGUGGGGUGGAGUGGAGUGGAUGGCGUGCUGA